AUAAUAUAGAAAUAAUAAAUUAAUUCCUUUCUUCCUUUUUCUCCUCCUCCUCCUCCUCUCCUUUGUGUGCCUUGCUCUCUCUGCAACUCUCUCCUUGUGGAUGUGUGAUUCUCCACCACUAUCAACCUUUUGCAAAAAAAAGAAAUCACUCUUAAAGGUUAGGAGGAAGCACAAAGCUAUAGCUAGCUUCUUGGCCAACCAUGGUUUUCUCUUCUCUUCCUCUCUAUCUAGAUCCACCUAAUUUGAACCAGCAGCAACAGCAACCGCAGCAGCAGCAGCAUCAACAAAUUCGUCUACUAGGAAGCAGUAGCGGCGGCGGCGGCGGCGGCGGCGGAGGAAGCGGAGAUGGUAGUUCCCACUUGCCGCCGCCGGCAGGCUUGGCCCUCGCAGCCGGAUCAAUCCGGCCAGGCUCCAUGUCGGACCGAGCCCGACUGGCGAAGAUCCCGCAACCGGAGGCAGGGAUGAAGUGCCCCCGGUGCUAUUCGGCCAACACCAAGUUCUGCUACUUCAACAACUACUCCCUCUCGCAGCCGCGCCACUUCUGCAAGACCUGCCGCCGUUACUGGACCCGCGGAGGCGCCCUCCGCAACGUCCCCGUCGGCGGAGGAUGCCGCCGCAACAAGCGCACCAAACCCUCCUCCAGCUCUGCCAAUUCAACCAACACAUCCACCGCGGCUGCCGCUGUGAUCCCUUCGGCGGCGGCCACCUCUGGAUCCUCCUCGGCGGCCACCACCUCGGCCGUCUCGUUGCACCAGCUUCCGUUCAUGGCCUCGCUGCACCAGCUUCGCGACUUCGGCGGCUACGGAGCUGGAGUAGUCCAACCACCGGCGAACACAUUGGAUUACCAGCUCGCGACCGCCGCCGAGAAUUUGAGGCUACAUCAGUUGACGCAAUUCCCUCUUCUAGGAGAAGGGCAUCUCGAUCACGCACUGCCGCCUCCGGCUCCGAUGCCGGUCUACCCUUUCCAAGGCGACGGCGGCGGCUCGUUCAUUGCCGGAUCAUUUGCGGGACACGCGCAAUCGUCUGAACCGUCGGCGGUGAAGAUGGAGGAUAAGAACAACAACCAACAAAUGUUUCAUAAUUUAGCGAGGAUGCAGUAUCUUGGUCUUUCGCGCAAUGAUCAAUUAUUUUGGAACGGAAGCGGCGGCGGCGGCGGAAGUACCAGCAAUGGUGGCGACGGUGGUGGUGGUGGAUGGGCUCCCGAUUUAUCUGGAUUCAACAACUCUUCCCUGGGCAAUCUAAUGUGAUCAUGAUAACUGAAAAAUUGUGGCGUUGAUAGACCAGAAGCUAAUUAGUUUUUGAGCAAUGGCUUCGAAGAACACCGAUCGACGGAGAGCAUUUGAAGAAGAAUUAAGAAGUUAAUUAGUAACUUGUGAUGAUAUGAUCAUGACGGAUUACUACUACAAGGGAUCGAGUCUAAGAAAUGUAGGUAGGUGGUAGCUAGGUUUCAUUCAGCUCGGUUAAUUUCGGAUUACUAUUAACUAGGUUGUGUGUUCUUAACUAAUAUGCUGUGUAUUUUACUUAUAUAUAGUCGAAUUAUAUAUAAACUGAUGCACCAUAUGCAUCAGGUUGGCUGGAUCAUUUGCUAAUC